AACAAAUUGAAUUGCUAGUUUUAGGUGUUUACGAGGUGGUUUAGAAUGGUUGGUUACCUUGAUGAAAAUUUAGCGACGGAGGAUUUGUCUAGUUAGGGUUAUGCACGUGGUUCACCAUCGCCGUCGUGUCACACUCCUGAAUCAGUAAGGUCGGUUGAUUUUUUAACUAAUCCCCCAAAACCCCUCCAAUCUUCCUCUUUCCUUCUCCACCGCCACCGCCUCCACCAUUUCCGCCUCCUCCUCCAAGCUUUCCAUAUAUUUCUUUCCAUCUCACUGAUCUCCGCCGCUGUUUACUAAACUUCGAGAUUUGGGAAGAUGAACAUUUAUAGAGGAAUUUCUCGUAUGUCGAGAAUAACGAGCUGUUACAACCGUUGUCGAUGGUUGCACAACUCUUCUCCGCAUCACCAAUUGUCUCACUCCAGUCCCUUCAAGUCUCCCAUGGAGCCCUUUGAAAAGGUUUUGGGUUGCAGAGUAAUCUACCCCUGGAUUUCACGCCCCUUUAGUUCUGGUGGACCUCAACCCCAAUAUGAUAGAUCUUCAGUUGAGGAUCAAGUGGAUCCGUUUUCUCUAGUUGCUGAUGAACUAUCAAUUGUAGCUAAUAGGCUGCGAUCAAUGGUGGUUGCUGAGGUGCCAAAGCUUGCUUCAGCAGCCGAGUACUUCUUUAAAAUGGGAGUUGAAGGGAAGAGGUUUCGACCCACUGUUAUUUUAUUAAUGGCAACAGCUUUAAAUGUUCAAAUUUCUAAACCAGCAUCAGAAGGGGUUGUGGAUAUGUUCUCAACCGAGUUGAGGUUGAGACAACAAUCGAUUGCUGAAAUCACAGAGAUGAUUCAUGUUGCUAGUCUCCUUCAUGAUGAUGUUUUGGAUGAUGCUGAUACAAGACGUGGGAUUGGUUCUCUUAACUUUGUAAUGGGAAAUAAGCUUGCAGUAUUGGCUGGAGAUUUCUUGCUUUCUAGAGCUUGUAUAACCCUCGCCUCUUUAAAAAACACAGAGGUUGUAUCACUAAUAGCAACAGCUGUGGAGCAUCUUGUGACAGGUGAAACAAUGCAAAUGAGCACGUCAGCAGAGCAGCGUAGUAGCAUGGAUUAUUAUUUGCAGAAGACGUAUUACAAGACUGCAUCUUUAAUAUCAAACAGCUGCAAAUCCAUUGCACUUCUUACUGGCCAAACUACUGAGGUUGCCAUGCUGGCAUAUGAAUAUGGGAAAAAUCUUGGUUUGGCAUUCCAAUUAAUUGAUGAUGUACUUGAUUUCACUGGCACAUCAUCAUCUCUAGGGAAGGGUGCAUUAUCUGACAUUCACCAUGGAAUUGUGACAGCUCCAAUAUUAUAUGCAAUGGAGGAGUUUCCCGAACUACGGACAGUUGUCGACAGGGGAUUGGACGACCCUGCCAACGUGAAUCUUGCUUUGGAGUAUCUUGGAAAAAGUCAUGGAAUACAAAGAACAAGAGAACUAGCAGCAAAGCAUGCCAGCCUGGCAUCUGCUGCAAUUGAUUCAUUGCCUGAAAAUGAUGACGAGGACGUUCAAAGAUCUAGGCGGGCCCUUAUAGAAUUGACACACAGAGUUAUCAAUAGAACAAAGUGAAGAAAAGAUCAAAGAUAAAUAUAUAUAUGGAAGAUUUUGUUUUGUUGCAGUUGUAGUAGCUUUUUAAGCCACAGCUCAGUGGGUUUGUUGAUUGUUCAUUUUCUUGUUUAAUAACGAGUCAUUACUCAAUAAUGAUUAUUCACCACAAGCUUUCAAGAAAGAUAUAUAAUUGGGAAGGAUGCAGUUUUAUUUUAUA